UCGCGUUUCUCGUGCGUGCGUGUGCGGGUUUGCCCCCUGUGUGUGAGUUUGUGUGUGCGUGCGGUGGUCUCAACCGCUCAUCGGUCGCAAGAAUGCAAUUGCAUGCCGUGACCAUUGGAUACGGCAUCCUGCUGUUGCUGUUAUGCGCUGUGGGUCCAACGACAGCCUGGCACUCCGAGGAGCUGGAAAUCUUCGAUUUGGUGGAGGAGGUCAAUCGCAAUUUCUACGAGUUUAUGGGCAUCAAUCAGAAUGCCACGAAUAGUGAGAUAAAACGCGCCUUUCGCAGUCUCUCCAUAGUGCUGCAUCCCGACAAGAACCCUGCCGAAGAUGCGAACAUACAGUUUCGCAAUCUCGUCUCCAUCUAUGAGGUGCUGAAGGAUGGGUCCAAACGUGAGAAAUAUGAUAAAGUAUUGCGCGACGGUAUGCCCAACUGGAAGUCCGCUUUAUACUAUUAUCGUCGCAUGCGUAAGAUUGGUCUGUAUGAGGGCGCCUUCAUCUUGUUCCUCAUCAUCACGGUGGGGCAAUAUUUGUUCGCUUGGGCUGCGUAUCUAGAAAAGAAAUACACCGCGGAACAGGUGUUUGGCAGCAAACUGAAGAAGCUGCAGAAACGCAACAAGGCCAUCGAUAUGGAUGUAAUACUCAGUGAGAUACCUAUACCAUCGCUGCUCAACACGUUGCCCAUUCAAAUCCCUAUGGCGAUUUGGCAUUUGCCGAGUACGAUUAAGAAUGCCUUUAGCAAGGCCAACGAGCUGAAGGAAUUGGCGCUUGAGAAGCGGAGACAGGAACUGGAGGCAGCGCGUCGACAGGAAGAGCUAGAACGUGAGGCCGAGGAGCAAGUGCGUCUACGUAAGGAGCACAAGGAGAAUUUGCGUAAGCGUAAGCAGAACUCUAAAGCGCCCGAGAAGACGGCGGAAGAGUUGCGUGGCUACUCACAGAUUCAGGCACGCGAACUCACCGACGAGGAUGCCAUACGUCCCGCCUCCCAAAAGAGCACUGUCAGCGGCGGCUUUUGGACUGACGAGGAUCUCACAGAGCUCAUACGCCUGGUGAAAAAGUAUCCUGGUGGCGCCGGCAGUCGUUGGAACACCAUUGCCGAGGCCAUGAAUCGCAGUGUGCAAGAGGUCACGUUCAUGGCUGCUAAGAUGAAGGAGAAUGGCUAUCGCAUUCCUGGCCAAACCGACAGCGUUGCCGAGAACAUUGUGCAGGAUGCACAGCAAGCGGUGCGCAAGGAGAAGGUGAAAAGCACAAGCAGCAAUCCAACGUCAAGUGAGAAGAGCAUGUUGAUACCAGAGACUAACUGGACACAGGAGCAGCAGCGUGCACUGGAGGCGGCGAUUGUCAAGUAUCGCAAGAACGCAGGUGGCGAUCGUUGGCAAAAGAUUGCGAAUAGCGUGCCUGAGAAGAGCAAAGAGGAGUGCUUGGUGCGCUACAAAUACUUGUGCGAGCUGGUCAAGACGCAGAAGAAGGCAGAGGAGGAGGAGGAAGAGGCGGCCGCCGCAGAAGCGACUGUCGAGACAGUCGAGGAUGUAGUGGUGGAGGAAGAGGAGACUCCUGCUCCAGCGCCAGCUAAGAAGCUGAGCAAACGCGAGCAACGGCGACGCAAACGUGACAUGUCCACCGAUGAGGACUCCGAUGAUGCAUAUCAGUAUGAGAUUAGUUAGUCCCUAUACUUCAAUCCACUAGAUGCCCACUUGACACAUACACUACACACACACACACACACUUUUUGCCAAACCAACAAAAACGUAACUAGCAUCAUUUUUGUGUAAGAGCGAGAUGGCGUAUCAUUGACUGCGAGCGAGAUAGCAACAACAACAAAACGCUCGUUCGUGGGCUCGUUCUUCUCAUCAAAUUUUGUACAAAUUUAGCACAAGUUGAGUUCAGUUCAGUAGUUUUUGUUUAUGAUUCUUUUGUUUCACUAAAGAUUUAGCAAUACAAUUUAAUACAUACAUUUUUGUGGCUCAAACAACUUCAAUGUAAUAACGACUUAGUUGCUCCGUCAAUAUGGCAAGCGCUUGUUUCACAUAUUUUGUACAUAAAUGUAUUUUUAAUUAUACUAUAUCAUAGUUCUCUUUGUUAAGUAAAGAUUAUAAUAAAAACAAAUCAACAUCAAGA